AUGAGUCGAUUAAAUGCAGAGACUGAAUGCAUUGCUCAAACUUCGGAGUUUAAAAAGAAAGGAGAUUACCUUCUUGGUGGACUUUUUGAUCAUGUCAGAGGAACUCUUCAUUCAAACAUCCCUGUUGCACCGCUGUUCAUGAUGGACCUCAUUCCAAUGAUUAGUUAUGGAGCCUCCAGUUCAGUCUUCUCUAGAAAACAGAAUUUUCCAUCUUUCCUACGAACAGUGCAUACCAAUGAAGAUGUCAUAGAAAUAAUUUGGAAACUUUUGAAAGAGUUUAAUUGGAACUGGGUGGCUUUCCUCUACAUUGAUGACGAUUAUGGAAGAGAUGGCCUGAAUGUUUUUAUAAAAAAGAUAAAGGACACUGAAAUCUGCAUGGCAUUCAGUUGUGGUCUCAGCAAGAACACAAAUUAUCCUAAACUUUUCAAACAGAUUGAAUCACUUAGAGUAAAAGUAAUGGUUGUGUUUACUGCUGAAUGGACAGCUGAAGAUCUCAUUAAUUCUGCAAUCCAACAAAAUGUCACCAACAAGGUGUGGAUUGCAGUGGAUGCCUGGUCUCUUCACAAAGGUCUCCCUAAAAAAGCAGGAAUCAGAAAUAUUGGGACUGUUCUUGGGAUUGCUGAGGGAAAAGUCACAAUCCCAGGAUUUAAUGAUUUUAUCUAUUCUUUUAAAGCUCAAAUUCAAUAUGAAAAUGAAGAGCAAGAUUCCUUUUGUAACCAGAUGUGUAACUGCAGCAGCUUGAGUGCUGAAGACAUCAUUACAGCAGAUCCCUCUUUCAAUUUCCCUGUUUACUCUGCUGUAUAUGCCGUUGCCCAUGCCUUACAUGCAGUGCUGCAGUGUGGAGCUGACAGCUGCAACAAGGACAUUAAGGUGUACCCGAACUUGGUCCUGAAUGAACUUAAAAAGUUAAACUUCACACUUUUAAAGCAAACAGUUCAGUUUGAUAAGAAUGGUGACCCCAAGUUUGGAUCCUAUGACAUCGUUUUCUGGAAUGAGGGUGGUGAUGCAGAAAGGAUCGGUUCUUAUACCUUCCACCCAAAAAUAACUCACUUUAAAAUUGAUAAGUCUAAAAUUCACUGGCAUGGAGACAAAAAGGAGCCUGAAUCAUUUUCUUCUGAGGAAUGUCCUGAAGGAUAUAUGAAAAAACAAGAGGGAUUCCACAAAUGCAGCUUUAGCUGUAAAAUCUGUCCAAAAGGAACUUACGUGAACACUACAGAUCCCUAUAACUGCAUCAGCUGCAAGGACACAGAGUGGUCUAAAGAGGGAAGUACAUCAUGCACUGCACGCCUGCUGGAGUAUGUCUCAUUCAGCGAUCCUGCAGCAAUAGUAAUCAUGAUUGGGACCGUGAUCUUAUUGGUCUUGACUGUAGCGAUUUCUAUUCUCUUUGCCCUUAACAACAACACACCAGUUGUCAGAUCUGCUGGAGGUCCAAUGUGCUUCCUAGUCUUAGGAUGCAUCAGCCUGUGCAGCAUCAGUGUAUUCUUUUGUUUUGGUAAAGCCACAACUGUUUUCUGCAUGCUGAGAUACUUCCCUGUCAUUUUGUUUGGUUCAGUUUGUUUAGCAUGUUUCGCAGUCCGCUCAUUUCAAAUUAUUUGCAUUUUUAAAAUAUUUGACAAAUUACCAAUGCUACGAAGUUAUUGGACAAAGUAUUAUGGAUCUUGUCUUAUUAUCUGUUUGGUCUUUUUUAUCCAGGCUGCCCAACUUAUUUCUGGAAUUAUCGUUUCCCCUCCAACACCAUACCCUGACACUUUGUCAUACUCUGAUAGAUUCAUCCUCAGAUGUUAUAUUUUAAAAAAUCACAAAGCAUCAUCAGGGUCUUUGUCUUUGCUUUUCUUAUUGUUGUUUCUUACUUUCUUUUUCUCGUAUGCAAGUAAAAAUCUUCCCAAACAUUACAAUGAAGCCAGAGCACUAAGUUUUUGUAUGCUGCACCAGAUUCUUAUCUGGAUUAUCUUUGCAACUGGAUACACACUUUAUCAUGGCAAGUACCUUCAGGUUUUCAGUGCUUUGGCAACACUCUUAAGUCUGUACUCUUUUUUAAUUAAGUAUUUUAUUCCCAAAUGUUACAUAAUCAUUUUUAAACCUGAACAAAACACUCAGCAGUACUUCCAAGAUCUUAUUCUGACUUAUUCUACGCAGUCACCUUAUAGCUUGUAG